AUGAGUAAUUUAUUUAAUUUACCAUUUUCAUUUUCUAUAUAUUCACAAACAUUAAAAAAUUUAUUACAAUAUAGACUUAAUAUUCAAUCGAAUACAAAUGAAGAUAAAUGGUCGGAAAAAGCAAUCAAAGGUUUAAUCAAACGUUUAACAAAAACUUCUAUGAUUGAUGAUUUACAAACAGCAUUAAAUACAAAAAAUUCAGAAACACGUUGUGUUACAAUUCCAAGAGAUGCACAAAAUAACUUAGUUGAACCAAAUCCAUCAUUAACAGUACGAAAAGCAUUUAAUGAUAUAACACCUGUUGUAGCUUUUUGUCGUAUAUGGCGUUGGCCAGAUUUAAAUACACAUCUUGAAUUACGACCCAUUCAAACAUGUUCAUAUGCAUUUCAAUAUGAAAAAGAUCAAAUAUGUGUUAAUCCUUAUCAUUAUGAACGAGUUGUUGCACCAUUUAUCCCACCAGUUUAUGUAUCAGUUUUGGAUCGAGCUGUAUUUAAUUCAACAAAAAGUGAACGCUAUCAAGAACAAAUAGAUUCAAAUGUUUCUAUGGAUUGUAUAUCAUCACCUGAUCAACAACAUACAGCUGUAAAUAGUCCAGCAAAUUUACAAGAUAAUUUUGAAGCUAUGACACCAACACCAGCAACAAUAAAUAAUAUUCCAACAACAGCAAUAUCUUUUGUUGAAACACCAUUUUGGUGUUCAAUACUUUAUUAUGAAUUAAAUCAACGUGUUGGUGAAACAUUUCAUGCAUCAUUGAAUUCACUUGUUAUUGAUGGAUUUUGUGAUCCAAAUGCAUCAGAUAGAUUUUGUCUUGGAUCAUUAACAAAUGUUAAUCGAACUUAUGAAAGUGAAACAUGUAGAAAAAUGAUUGGUCAUGGUGUAAGACUUUAUUAUAUUGGUGGUGAAGUUUUUGCUGAAUGUCAUUCAGAUUCACCAAUAUUUGUUCAAAGUCCAUGUUGUAAUCAACGAUUUCAAUGGCAUCCAGCAACAGUUUGUAAAAUACCACCACGUUGUAAUUUAAAGAUCUUUAGUAAUACAGAAUUUGCUCAAAUAUUAUCUGAUACAGUGCAAUAUGGUUAUGAAGCUGUUUAUAAUCUCACACGAAUAUGUGCGAUUCGUAUGAGUUUUGUUAAAGGUUGGGGUGAAGAAUAUCGUCGACGUACUAUAAUGAGUACGCCAUGUUGGGUAGAAAUUCAUUUAAAUGGUCCGAUGCAAUGGUUAGAUAAUGUUCUUCAACAAUUACCAGCACUUGGUAGUAUGUCUAGCAAAUAA